AAUGUUGCAACAUGUGCGUCGUAAACGAGAAUACCCAUGAAUAUAUGCGUAUAUAUACGACGCUGGCUCCGUACAUUGAGUUUCUUGGGGAAGGUGUGACAAAACGCGUUAAGAAUGCCACAAAUCCACGACUUCCUUAUUCUGGUGUGUCUCGCCGUAGUUUCAGUUACGUUAUCGCACGCACCUCCCUCUUGUCGCAGUGCAGCGGGUUACGCGUACAAGUACUACAUUUGUGAAGGUCUGCGCAGCGACGAUGAUUUCCAUCAGCACGUGCAGCGGGACGACAUACUCGAAGAAACUCACUUCAUCUUGAAGGACAGUCACCUGGACCACCUACCAGCUACGGUCUUCCGGAACGCCAACAUCUCUGUGCUAGAGUUCAGGAACUCCCGCAUUCAGUCGUUCACUUAUCCGGGCUCAGCAACGGGGCCACUCAAUGAACUCCGGGAGACUCUCCGUAAGCUGAUUUUCAGCAACCAGAGCAGCCUGCCAGAAUCUUGGUCUGUGCUGCAGAACCUAACCGAACUCAGGACGCUUCAGCUCGUCGCCAUUGGACAAGUGAACCUUACACGAGAUUUCAAUAACCUCCCUACUAGCAUCAGGCAGAUUCAAAUAUUAGGAGCUAGCAUUGGAAGAGUAGACGAGGACUGGAUUUCUCAACUGUACGACAUCGAGUUGAUUAAGAUAGCGGAAACAACUCUGAAGAAAGUUUUGAGGUCGAUGUUUCCAAGACCGGCCACCAAACUGCUUAUUCUUGACAUGCCAGAGAAUCAACUGACGUCUUUGCCGAAGGACUUCACUCAAGACAUGCCGGCGCUCAAGGUCCUCAGCGUCGCUUACAACCAAAUAUCUACAUUCCACGAGGAGACAUUGGCACCCCUUGACAGAGACGACUCCUUUGUAAACAUGAUUGGGAACGUGCUGAACUGCGAAUGCAAGCUCGCUUUCUUGCUGAGAUAUCCCGCAAGGUGGAUCUAUUAUGUCUGCGGUAAACCAAGUUCUUUGUCCGGAAAGUACAUUCGAUCGCUCAUUCAGCCGGAACUCUGCAGCACUACGAAUCACACCAGGAGCGAAAAAUAAGCCAGAAGGUUGCAAAGAACGAAAGGAACCUUCAACGAUACACGGCUCUGACAAGGAGCAAAUCUCACCAGCCAUCAAAUCAGUAAAGCGGAUUUUCGACGAAGGCAAGAAGAGACACGUGGAUAAUUCAGGAGUUUGUUGAAGUGCACACUACCAACAGUGUAAUAAAACAUGACAACGUGCC